UUCUCCAGCAACUGUUGUUUGGACUGCGCCACAAUUGCAGUCGCGUCCCCCUGUGAACGACUUGACCUUCGAGGCAAAGUGCGAGUUCCCUUUCUUCUCAAUACCGCAGCGGCAUAUUCACAACAUGAGUCACCGCAAGUUCGAGCACCCUCGUACGGGUUCCCUUGGUUUCCUGCCGCGCAAGCGUGCUGCCCGUCACCGUGGAAAGGUAAAGUCCUUCCCCAGGGAUGACCCCAAGAAGCCCGUCCACCUUACGGCCUUCCUGGGCUACAAGGCUGGUAUGAGCCACAUUGUCCGUGACUUGGACCGUCCUGGAUCCAAGAUGCACAAGAAGGAGGUCGUUGAGGCCGUUACCGUCAUCGAGACUCCCCCCAUGGUCAUCGUUGGUGUUGUCGGUUACGUCGAGACUCCCCGUGGUCUCCGCUCGUUGACGACCGUCUGGGCCGAGCACUUGUCCGACGAGAUCAAGCGUCGCUUCUACAAGAACUGGUACCGCUCCAAGAAGAAGGCUUUCACCAAGUACGCCAAGAAGUACACCGAAGGCGCCAAGCCCAUCGGACAGCAGUUCGAGCGCAUCAAGAAGUACUGCCAGGUCGUCCGUGUCCUUGCCCACACCCAGGUCCGCAAGGUGAAGAUCGGCCAGAAGAAGGCUCACAUCAUGGAGAUUCAGCUCAACGGUGGAUCGGUUGCCGACAAAGUCGACUGGGCCAAGGAGCACUUCGAGAAGCAGAUCGACAUCAACACCGUCUUCGAGCAGGACGAGAUGAUCGACAUCAUCGGUGUCACUAAGGGUCACGGUUUCGAGGGUGUCACCGCUCGUUGGGGUACCAAGAAGCUUCCCCGUAAGACCCACAAAGGUCUUCGUAAGGUCGCUUGUAUUGGAGCAUGGCACCCUUCCCGUGUCAUGUACUCUGUUCCUCGCGCCGGUCAGGACGGUUACCACCACCGUACCGAGAUGAACAAGAAGAUCUACCGCGUCGGAAAGGCUGGCGACAAGAACGCCGGUGCCACUGAGUUCGACCUUACCGCCAAGGAGAUCACCCCUCUCGGUGGCUUCCCCCACUACGGUGUCGUCCACGAGGACUGGAUCAUGGUCAAGGGAUCCGCCCCCGGUGUCAAGAAGCGUGUCCUCACCCUUCGCAAGUCCCUCCUCGUUCACACCCGCCGCUCCGCUCUCGAGAAGGUGCAGCUCAAGUUCAUCGACACCUCGUCUAAAUUUGGACAUGGUCGUUUCCAAACUGCGAGCGAGAAGGCUGCUUUCUACGGUACUCGCAAGAAGGAUGUCCAGGCUUAAGCUCUGUCUUGUUGGCUGGGUUUUGCGAGCUGUUAAAUCUGUAUUCUGUGUCGAGUCUUUACACGCAAAUACAAUCACAUUCUAGCUUGCUGUAAAUAUACCGCAUAUCAUUAUCAACUGCAGACUGUGUUUCGUCCUUGCCGGCCUGGUCAACGAAGGCGGAUUGAUGCUGAUGUGGUUGGGUGCUGAGCACGUUGCGGGAACGUUCUCUGGUUCGAGGAUGCAUCGCUGCUCAGCAGCAUCUGCUGCUAAGUUCGCAUUCGCACAGCGGCUGCCUCAUACUGCCAAGCGAGCAAUGACUCCGAUUGAUUGCCCCAUGUCGAUUCCGAGACACCGUGAAGAGAAUGUGGCCUACUUGAUGCCGGGCGCCCGGGUAACUUGAAGCAGGAG